GACGUCGAAAAUGGCCUGGCUACCGAGCAGCUCGAACGGAUCGGACAACGCGGAUGAGCGGAGCACGGCCUCCAGCGCCAGCUCGGCCGCCGGCAGCAACGGCCGGCGGGAGGAGGCCAACGGCUCGCCCAGGCCGGCACCUGCCACCGCCACCGCCACUGCUUCAGCUGGAGCUGGGGCUGGGGCUCGCCAGCCGCCGGCCCUGCUGCGGCAUGCCACGCCCUAUCUGCAGCCCAAGACGGAGUCCAUUUCGGACGGAGACGGCGACUUGUCGGACUUCUCGCUGAACGACACCGAGGAGGAUGAGGAGGAUCUGCGCGACUAUAUCGUGCUGAACGGCAAUCAGGCGGAUGGCUGUCGCUCCCUGUCCAACUCCCCGCGCAGCGGCAGUGGCUGUGGCAAUCCCUUCGCCAGCUCCCGGACCUCGCCCUGUCGCAACGGACAGCUGACGGGCACGGCGAACGGCAAUGGCGCCUCCGCCGGGACUGGCGGCGGCGUCCGUAAGGUGUUCACCAACACCCGCGAGCGCUGGCGCCAGCAAAACGUGUCGGGGGCCUUCGCGGAGCUGCGCAAGCUGGUACCGACGCAUCCGCCGGACAAGAAGCUGUCGAAGAACGAGAUCCUGCGCUCGGCCAUCAAGUACAUCAAGCUGCUGACCGGCAUCCUCGACUGGCAACAGCGCCAGGACGGGCACGGGCUUGGGCACGGACACGGGCAAGGGCACGAGCAGAACAACAACGACAACCACAUGGCCAACGGCCACGCUCCGGACGCGGCAGAGGCGUCAGCCGCUCUGUCCGCCUUCCGGCACAUCAAGUGCGAGCGCCUGGACGGACACCAGCAGCAACAGCAGCAGCAGCGCAACGGUGGCAACGAUCUCCUCAUGAUUGCCCCCGAAGCAGUCAUCAAAACGGAGCUCCAGCAGCAGGCCACCACCUUCCCCGAUCCCCCAGCCGCCAUGACGGUGGCGGUGGCCGAGGCCCGGGUUCUGGCCGCAGUGAAGCCGACGACAGCCGCCUCGUCCAGCGGCAGGAGCAGCAAGCGGCGGGUCAAGCUGGAGGGCGGCCUCGGCCUCCCCACCGACCUGAGCGUGGUCAAGCGACGCAGGACGUAG